GGAGAGACGCCGGCGCCCGCUCUCCGCUCUGACGACGCAUUUCCAUGGCUGACUGGGCCGGGCAGCUGUCUCCCGGCCGCAAGGCCCGGGCUCCCGGCGCCUCCCGUAAGGCCGCAGGUACCAAACACACAAGUGCCUCCAAACAAGAAGAUGCUUCCAAGAGGAAAGCAGAGCUAGAAGCAGCUGUGAGAAAGAAGAUUGAAUUUGAGAGAAAAGCUCUACGUAUUGUUGAAGAGCUUUUAGAAGAGGAUAUUACGGAAGAAUUCCUGAAGGAGUGUGGGAAGUUCAUCACAUCUGCUCACUACAGUGAUGUUGUGGAUGAGCGUACAAUCAGCAAACUCUGCGGUUAUCCUAUAUGUAAGAAGAAGCUGGGAAUUGUACCAAAACAGAAGUACAAAAUUUCUACCAAAACCAAUAAAGUCUAUGAUAUUACUGAAAGAAAGUCUUUUUGCAGCAAUUUUUGUUAUAAAGCAUCUAAGUUUUUUCAAGCACAAAUUCCCAAAACUCCAGUAUGGAUUCGAGAAGAAGAAAGGCAUCCUGAUUUUCAGCUGCUGAAAGAAGGACAAAGUGGCCAUUCUGGAGAAGAAAUACAGUUAUGCAGUCAGGCCAUUAAAACGUCAGAUAUUGAAAAUCCUGGUCAUUCUGAAAAGCAGUAUGAAUCUCAUUCUUCUAGCACUCAUAGUGAUAGUAGCAGUGAUAAUGAGCAAGACUUCGUUUCCUCCAUUCUUCCAGGAAACAAACCAAAUGCAACGAGUGUAAGUCCACAGCUGCACAAAAAAGCCAUAAUGAAAAAGAAAGCAGAUCACAAAGUUAACUCCAAACACAAGGACAAAGAACAGGCAAUAGUAGAUGUCGCCGAGCAGUUACACAACUGCAGAUUGGAUAGUCAGGAGAAAGCUGCUGUUUCUGCGCUUCCUUCACAGAAUGUAAACACUCAGAUUUCUUCAAACAAUCUUUUGCAAGAAAGAGUAAAAGCUUCUGAAAAUAAAUACAGUAGCUCAGGAAUAACUCUAGUAGGCAUAAGUAAGAAAAGUGCAGAACAUUUUAAGAAGAAAUUUGCCAAAUCAAACCAAGUUUCUAGGUCAGUGUCUAGUUCAGUGCAGGUUUCUCCUGAAGUUGCAAAGACAAACUUACUUAAAGUCCUGAAAGAGACUUUGACUGAGUGGAAGACAGAAGAAACUCUGAGGUUUUUGUAUGGUCAGAAUUAUUCUUCUGUGUGUCAGAAACCCCCUUCAGCCCCUCUGAUAGAAGCAGAAGAACUUGAUGAAGAUGAUGUAAACUCUGACCCAGUCGGUCACUCUCUUGCCUUGAGGGAAUCUCAGAACAGUUUGGAUGAGGCUUUGCCUUUCAGGGGUUCAGAUGCAGCCGUUAAACCAUUGCCAAGUUAUGAGAACUUGAAAAAAGAAACUGAAACAUUAAAUCUAAGGAUCAGGGAGUUUUAUAGAGGACAAUAUGUUUUGAAUGAAGAAUCCACCAAAUCACAAGACUUAGAAGAGCGUGAUCCCACCUUUCCACUGAUAGAUUCAAGUUCUCAGAACCAGAUUAGAAAACGCAUCGUACUUGAAAAACUGCGUAAAGUAUUGCCUGGACUUUUGGGACCUCUUCAGAUUACAUUAGGAGAUAUUUAUACACAACUUAAAAAUCUUGUUCGAACUUUCAGAUUAACAAAUAGAAAUAUUAUACACAAAUCUGCGGAGUGGACCUUAAUUGCUGUGGUGUUGCUGUCAUUGAGGAAGUUCUUAGGCUCAAAGGUGAAGGACCAUAGACUCGGGGAUCAUCUAUGUCAGUUGGCCAAGAUAGUUCAUAAAGACAAUGUUCUUCAUCCUCCUUUGACUGACCCCAAUUCUUGGUAUUCAGAAGCAUUCUCAGGAAAAUGUGGUGUUUACACAGUUUAUAGCCACCCUGCUUGAAGAAUUACAUUUAAAGAAUGAAGACCUUGAAAGUUUAACCAUCAUAUUUAGAACCAGCUGUUAACAAGUGUGGUAGAAUCCAUGAAGAGAGAACAGAGGAUAAACUUCUGUUGUUCACCAUUUCUGAUAUUGUGGCUCUGAUGAUGGUCUGUGGUGACUGAUUAACUAGCUUUGUUCCAAAAAAGACCUUGCCUCCUUAGGUUUCAACCUCCUGUCCUUCAGUCCCUAACUACAGAGAAUGACUUCUCAGAUAGGCGAAAAUUAUUGCUCCAACAAGGAUAACCAAGUCUUUCCAUCCCUAGCUACAAGAGGUAGUGUUUUUAUUUAUUUGAAAAUGAAAGUUGAAAUCUUAAAUUGAAGCUUGAAUAAAUGUUCAAGAAACUAUAAAGACCUCUUAUUUUUCUGGGUGAUUCCUGCCAUCAUGUCAGUUGAUCAGAAAAUUGAGAAGAUUCCCAUUUUGGCCCCACAGUCUAAACUCUGGAUUCUAAAGAAUAGUAAACAAUUAUCCCAAUAAAUGCAAUCUAAGAUGAAGCCCUUUAGAAGUCUAGUCGUUAUUCUUUUAAAGAAACUGACUGUGCUGUAAAAUGGUUGAGAGCCAAGUGGUCAACCUCACAAGUCCAAAGCAAGAGUAUCCUAGACCUUUCUGAACUCAAGGAAAUUAAAAAUAAUAAUAAUAAAUAGAACAGCCAGAAUGGAAAUAUUGAGAAUGUUCAUGCAUUGUGAAGAAUGUAAUCAAUGUUACUGAACAAUUGGUGUAGAAGUUGCUGUAUGGCAAGGAUGCUAUAUAAACCUUCACUAAAAUACAAUAAAAUAUUAUUAAAAAAAAAUAAUAAGCUCUGAAACCUGUAGUUUCAAGAGAGACAAUCCUUAGAAUUUAGACUGCUUUUUCAAAAUAUAUAUCAAGCAUGCAAGUUAGCUGACCCCCAGAGAUGUUGAGGCAGGCAUCAGGUAAUUUGGAGAGCUUUACUGGAGGACCAGAAAACAAGAUUCCAUCAGAUAUACCCUCGUGGACACUGAAAGAAAUGACAGCUGCUAAAUCCUAACCGUGGAAAAGGGCUAGAAGGCAUUCUGGUGGAGUGGGGAGCUCAGUGGACAGGGAGAUAGGGAUAUGGUUUCUCUUCUUGGCUCUACCAGUAUUUGUCUGUGUGGCCAAGUCACCUAAAUUCUCUGGACUUCAGUUCUGUGCUCUAUAAAAUAAGGAAUUCGGCCAGACAGUCUCUAUGGGAAAGGACUAUAAAAACUAAAACUCCGCACAGACAGAGGCUGCUGCUAUCUUGUUGUUGGUCUGGGCCCCCUUUGUCAUGAUUCUGACUGAGUGAAGGUCUCACAACAACAAAAAAAAUUAUAUCGUACUAGAACUAAUCAGUGAAUUAAGCAAGGUCACAGGAUAUAAGAUCAGUAUACAAAAGUCAUUGUAUUUUUGCACACUAACAAUGAAAAAUUUAAAAAUGAAGUUAAAACAAUUCCAUCCCCAAUAGCACGAAAAAGAAUUAAAUGCUUAGGAAUAAAUUUAACAAAAGAAGUACAAGAUUGUACAAUGAAAAAUUGUAAAACACUGUUCAGUGAAAUUAAAGAAGGUAUAAAUGGAGAGACAUUCUGUAUUCAUGGAUUGGAAGACUCAAUGUCGUUAAGAUGGCAGUUCUCCUCGGAUUGAUCUACAGAUUCAGUGCAAUUCCUAUCAAAAUACCAGCAGGCUUUUUUGCAAAAAUUUUGACAAGCGGAUCCUAAAAUUUAUUUGGAAAUGCAAAGGACCCAGAAUAGCCAAAACAAUUCUGAAAAUAAAGAGCACUUUCUGAGUUCACAACUUACUACAAAGCUACACUAAUCAAGACAGUGUGGAAUUGUCAUCAGGAUAGGCAUAUAGAUCAAUGGAACAGAAUAGAGAGUCAAAGAAUAAACUCUUACAUUUAUGGUCAAUUUAUUUUCAAGAAAGGUGCCACGGCAAUUCAGUGGAGAAAAGAUGGUCUUUUCAAUAAAUGGUGCUGGAACAUUUGGCUAUCCAGAUACAAAAAGACACAAACAAACAAACAAAAAAAGACUUUAGGCACUUUCUGCAAAAGGGAUUGUAGACCUAAUUGUAAGACCAAAAACUAUAAAGCUCUUAGAAGAAAACAUAGAGGUGAACCUACGUGACUUUGAGUUAGAAAAAGAGUUCUUAGGUAUGACACCAAAUGCAAUCCAGAAAAAAAAUACAUUAAUAAGUUGGACUUCAUCAAAAUUUGAAAUUUGUGCACUCCAAAAGAUACCAUUAAGAGAAUGCGUUGACAGACUACAGACUGGAAGAAAAUAUUUGCAAGUAAAGACUUAUGUCCAAAAUAUACAAAGAAUUUCUAAAACUCAAAAAUAAAGCAAACAAGUCAAUUUAAAAAUGGGCAAAGGAUUUCAGCAAAGAAGAUACAUGAAUGCCUUAGUACUUGAAAAGAUUCUCAACAUCAUUAAUCACUAGGGAAAAUCAAAUUAAAAUAAAAAUGAAAUAACAUUUCACACCCAAAAGAAUGCUCAUAAUAAAAAUAAGUGUUGGCAAGGCUGUGGAGAAACUGGAACCCUAAUUAAGACAUUGCUGUGGGAAUAUACCCAGUGCCGUCGAGUCGAUUCCGACUGUAGGAAACCCUGGUGGUGCAGUGGUUAAGUGUUACAGCUGCUAACCAAAGGGUCGGCAGUUCAAAUCCACCAGGCGCUCCUUGGAAACUCUAUGGGGCAGUUCUACUCUGUCCUAUAGGGUCGCUAUGAGGCGGAAUCGACUCGAUAGCACUGGGUGCUGGGUGGGAAUAUAAAAUGGUGUGGUCACUUUGGAAAAGAAUUUGGUGAUUAAAAAACUUAAACAUAAAAAAAACAUAAGUUUACCAUAAAAAAAACAAACCAAACUCGUUGCCAUUGAGUCAGUUCUGACUCAUAACGGCCCUGUAGGAGAGAGCAGAACUGCUCCAUAGGGCUUCCAAGGAGCAGAUGGUGGAUUCAACUGCCAACGUUUUGGUUAGCAGCUGUGUAGCUCUUAAACACCGUGCAGUUCCACCCCUCAGUAUUCCAUCCAGUGUGAAUUUCCUAGGGCUGCCGUAACAGUACCACAGUUUGGGUGGUUUAUGAGAACAGGAAAGGAGCCCUGGUGGCGCAGUGGCUAAGCACUCAGCUGCUAACCCAAAGGUGGGCAGUGUGAACAGCAGUUCCUCAGAAGAUCUGACAGUCUGCUUCUGUAAAGAUUGAUAGCCUUGGACAUAACAGUUGAUUAAGAAAAUGUUCUGCAUCCCACCUUGGUGAGUGCUGUCUGGGAUCUUAAAAGCUAGCGAGCAGUGAUCUAAGAUGCAUUAACUGGUCGCAACCCACCUGGAGCAAAGGAGAAUGAAGAACACCAAAGACACAAGGAAGAUAAUUAGCCCAGGAGACAGAAUGAGCCAUAAUAAACCAGAGACUCCAUCAGCCUGAGACCAGAAGAACUAGAUGGUGCCUGGAUAUCACCAAUGACCACCCUGACAGGGAAUACAACAGAGAGUCCCUGACAGAGCAGGAGAAAAGUGGGGUGCAGAACUCAAAUUUUAGUAAAAAGACCAGACUUAAGGGUCUGGCUGAGACUGGAUGGACCCUGGAAGACAUGGCCCUCAGACUCUCUGUUUGCCCAGAGCUGAAACCAUUCCCAAAGCCAAGUCUUCAGACAAAGACUAGACUGGACUAUAAGACAUAAAAUGAUACUCAUGAGGAGAGUGCUUCAUAGCUCAAGUAGAUACAUGAGACUAAAUGGGCAGUUUCUGUCUGGAGACGAGAUAAGAAGCCAAAAAGGGACAGGAGCUGGUUGAAUGGACACAGGAAAUCCAGGGUGGAAGGGAGAAGUGUGCUGUCACAUUAUAGGAAAAGCAACUAGCAUCACAUAACAGUGUGUGUGUGUAGAUUUUUGUAUGAGAAACUAACUUGAGCUGUAAACUUUCACUUAAAGCACAAUAAAAAAAAUAAUUAAAAAAGAUUUAAUAGCCUUGGAAACCCUAGGGGAUGGUUCUACUCUGUCCUAUAGAGUCGUUAUGAGUCAGAGUGGACUCAGUGGCAAUGGGUUUGGUUUGGCUGGGUUGGUAUGAGAACAGAAAUUUAUUGUGUCACCAUUCUGAUGGAAUAGGAAUCCAAAAUUAGGGUGUUAACCAUGUUGAUUCCUUCUGUGGGCUCUAAGGGAGAAUCUUCCAUGCCUCUCUCCUAGCUUCUGGUGACGCUGAGGGAUCAUAGGCAUUCUUCCCUCUGUGUGUCCGUCUGUGUCUCUUCUCUUUUUGUAAGGACAGCACUCAUAUUGGAUUAAGACCAAGGUGGGAAAUUAAUGGGGUCAAUUGCCUGAGCACACCUAAAUAAACAGACAAUAAAACCAAACCAGUUGCUGUUGAGACGAUUCUGACUCCUGGUAACCCCAGGUGUUUCACAAUAGAACUGUAUUCCGUAGAGUUUUCAAUAGCUGUGACCUUUCAGAAAUGGAUUGCUAGGACUUUGCUCUGAGGUGCCUCUGGGUGGAUUCAGAGAUUCCAAACUUUUGGUUAUUAGCCAAGUGCUUAACCAUUUGCACCACCCAGGGACUUCUUAAACAGACAAUAAGCCCCCCCCCAAAAAAAAACACAUUGCCGUUGAAUCUAUUCCAACUCAUAGCAACCCUAUAAUACAAAGUAGAAUUACCCUGUAGGGUUUCCAAGGAGCAACUGGUAGAUUCAAACUGCUGACCUUUUAGUUGGCAGCUGAGCUUUUAACCACUGUGCCACCAGCGCUCCUGAACAGACAAUAAAACCAAACCAGACUCAUUGCUGUUGAGUCGAUUCCGACUCAUAGGGUCCCUAUGAGUUACCACAAACAGAUAAUAGGUACCUGGAUUUAAAGAAUUAAAGUUAAAAUCAUCCCUGUUCCACUAUGACAUGCUGAUAACAUUUUCAAAGACACUAUUUUUUUUUUUUGCCAAACAUGGUCAUGUUCACAGGUACUAGGAGUUAGAACUUCAACGUAUCUUCAUUUAAUCCCUAACACACCCCCAAGAGAAAUGAAAAUAUAUGUUCACACAAAGACUUGUACGUGAAUGUUCAAAGCAUUAUUCAUACUAAUCAAAAAGUGAAAACAAUCCAAAUAAUCAUCAACUGCUGAAUGGAUAAACAAAAAAUGUAUGUCUAUACGAUGGAAUAUAUUCAGAAAUAAAAAAGAACAAAUUUACUGAUGCAUGCUACAAUGUGGGUGACUUCAAAAACAUGCUGAGUGAAAGAGACCACAAUAGACCACAUACGGUAUGAGUCCAUUGAUACGAAGUAAUUCAAAAUGCAAAUCUGUAAAGCAGAUAGUAGAUUAAUGGUUGCAUGGGGCUGGAGGCGGGGACAGGGACUGUCUGCACAUGGGCAAAAGAGAUUUUUCUAGGGUGAUGAAAAUGUUGUAAAACUGAAUUGUGAUUUUUGUGUAACCUUGUAAAUUUUUUAAAUAAUUGAUUUGUACACUGAAAACAGGUGAAUUUUAUGUAUAUAAAUUGUAUGUACUUCAAAAAAACUGAAAAUCAUAACUGCCAGGGCCUUUCCCUCUGACCUUCAGUGACCCCUCCAGGGGUAAAGAGGGGGAGAGGCUCCUCUCUCUCCACAACUCCUCUUUCCUGUGCCCAGAGACACAUCUUCAGUUACCUCCGCACCCUGCAGAUCUAAGGGCCUCAGGUGAGGAGCCAAUAGCUCACUGUGCAAUGAUUGAGAAUCCAAAUGGACCAAAUGCCCUAAUGUACCAAUACCAAAUCUGCCACCAAGCUACUGUGGUGCUAGCUGCUUUCUGGGGGUGCUACAUCUGCCUCCCGCAUACUCCAGUCAAGUUACAUUAGCUUGGAAGGACUGGAGCAAGAAUGCAGUUCAGCUCAAAGUACUGUCAGUGCUGGACCUUGGUUUCUAAAUAUUUUCCAGUUAAAGUAUCCAGUUCUCCAAGGAAAGCGACUGGUUCUAAGGCGGGGAAGGGAAAAUACAAGACAAGCCUGGAGCAUCUUGUAGUAUAGAAAGUAAGCAACUGCUCAAAAACAAAAGGAUUGGGGCAUGUCAAAGGGACACAGGAGCUAACCUGAAAAAGCUCCCAAGGGCCAAUGCUAGAACAAUUUGGGCAACAAUAUAACAGUAGUGGAUUGUAACCCUGGGUAUAAAAUAAAUAUAGACGAGCCCAUACCUAUAUAAAUAAAUGAGUGAAUAAAUAAAUGGGGAGAAGGGACAAAUCUUCCUUACAGAAGAAUUCCAAAUAAUUGAAAUGUAAAUACUACCUCCUCCAGGACAUGGAGUUAAAUCACCCUCUUCCUCCCGUUCAGGAUGGGUUAGACUUAGUGAAUUGCUUCACUGAGAAUACAGUAGGGAAAGAGAAAAAUAGUAACUUUGCAAUGAAGAGAGCUGGCAAAUGCUGCCUUAACCAAGUAGUUAAGGUUAACCAGUGAUGUCAUGUGGAAAUAUGCUCCCUGAUACAAUGUGAUAAGACGGGCACUUUACUUCAUGGUAUUCUUCCUGAAAACCUAUACCUCAGGCUAAUCAUGGGAAAAGUAUCAGGCAAACCCAGUUUGGGGGAGAUUUCUACAGGAUACCUGCCCAGUACUCCUCAAAGAUUGACUAUCAAAGUCAGAAAACCAAGAAAAGGCUGAGAAAUUCACAGACUAGAGGAGACAAGGGAGACUUAUGACCUAAAUGCAUUCUGGUACUGAGGGACUGGAUCCUGGAACAGAAAGAGAACAUUAAUGGACAAACAGGUAAAAUCCAAAUAAAGUCUGUAGUUAGUUAAUAAACCAACACAGUUUCUUAAUUUUGACCAAUAUACCAUGGAAAUGCAAAAUAUUACCAACAGGAGAAAUUGGGUGAAAGGCAUAAAAGAAUUCCAUAGUAUCCUUGCAACUUCUUUGUAAAUCUAAAGUUUCAAAAUAAAAAAGCUUUUAUUUUUUAAAAAUUACUGAGCUGGACACAGCAAGGGAUGCAAAGACAACAAAAUCACAGUUUUCAGCAUAGCCAUUGUGCCUCGAGGAAGUACUCACAAUUACAGUUAAUGCCAUAGAUAGGGACCAUACAUCCUGGUUUGCCUGGGACAGUCCUAAUUUAUACCUGUUAUUCCAGCAUUAUUAUUAAUUAAAAGCACCCCCUUUUAGUUCCAAAAGCAUUCCAAUUUGGAUAAUAUAUGGUCACAUCACCUAAAAUACACAGGGUAUAUUAUGAUAGAGAUGGGAGGAGACAACUGUGAUAGCAUGGUAGGAUGGUAGGAGUUAUAAGGCAGUGAUAGAGGGGCAGGGCAGAUGGGAAGGGAAAGUAUCACCGAGACAGGCCAGCUUCAAGAGGAAAGGCACAGUCAGUAAAGACCCAGGGCAUGUGCUUUAUAAGACACAGAAGUCAAACGUUGGGGAAAACUUGAGAAAAGCAGCACACAUGAUUAAGAAGAUAAGGUCAGCAGGGUUUGCAGCAGACUAAAAGAACUAGCCCCCACGUGUCAGCUUGUCAUACUGUGAGGGCUCGUGUGUUGCUGUGAUGCUGGAAGCUAUGCCACCAGUAUUCAGAUACCAACAGGGUUACCCAUGGUGAAAAGGUUUCAGCUCAGCUGCCAGACUAAGACAGACUAGGAAGAAGGACCCAGCAGUCUACUUCUGGAAACAGUUAGCCAGCGAAAACCUUAAGAAUGGCAGAGGAACAUUGUCUGAUACAGUGCCAGAAGAUGAGCUCCUCAAGUUGGAAAGCACUCAAAAGAUGACUGGGGAAAAGCUGCCUCCUCAAAGUAGAGUUGACCUUAAUAACGUAGAUGGUGUCAAGCUUUCAGGACCUUCAUUUGCUGAUGUGGCAUGACUCAAAAUGAGAAGAAACAGCUGCAAAUAUCCAUUAAUAGUUGGAACAUGGGAUGCACAAAGUAUGAAUGUAGGAAAAUUAGAAAUCAUCAAAAAUGAAAUGGAAUGCAUAAACAUCAAUAUCCUAGGCAUUAGUCAGCUGAAAUGGACUGUCAUUGGCCAUUUUGAAUCGGACAGUCAUAUGGCCUACUGUGCCAGGAAUGACAACUUGAAGAGGAAUGGCAUUGCAUUCAUCGUCAAAAAGAACAUUUCAAGAUCUAUCCUGAAUUACAGCACUAUCAGUGAUAGGAUACUAUCCAUAUGCCUACAAGGAAGACCAAUUAAUAUGACUAUUACUCAAAUUUACACACCAACUACUAAGGCCACAGAUGAAGAAACUGAAGGUUUCAGUCUGAAGUUGAAAGAAACACGCAAUCAAGAUACAUUGGUAAUUACCAGUGAUUGGAAUGCAACAGUUGAAAACAAAGAAUAAGGAUUGGUAGUUCGAAAAUAUGACCUUGGUGAUAGAAAUGAUGCUGGAGAUCGCAUGAUAAAAUUUUGCAAGACCAACGACUUCUUCAUUACAAAUAUCUUUUUUCACCAACAUAAGCGACAACUGUACACAUGGACCUCACGAGAUGGCAUACACAGGAAUCAAAUUAACUACAUCUGUGGAAACAGACCAUGGAAAAGCUCAAUAUCAUCAGUCAAAACAAGGCCAGAGGCCCAAUACAGAGCAGAUAAUUAGUUGCUCUUGUGCAAGUUCAAGUUGAAACUGAAGAAAAUUAGAACAUGUCCAAGAGAGCUAAAGUACAACCUUGAGUAUAUCCCACUGGAAUUUAGAGACCAUCUCAAGAGUAGAUUUGAUGGGUUGAACACUGAUGACUGAAGACCAGACAAGUUGUGGAAUGGUAUCAAGGACACCAUACAUGAAGAAAGCAAGAGGUAUGAAAAAGACAAGAAAGAAAAGACCAAAAUGGAUAUCAGAAGAGAUUCUGAAACUUGCUCUUGAAUGUUAAGUAGCUAAAGCAAAAGGAAGAAACAAUGAAGUAAAAGAACUAAACAGAAGAUUUCAAAGGGCAGCCAAGAGGACAAAGUAAAGUAUCAUAAUGACAUGUGCAAAGAGCUGGAGAUAGAAGACCAAAAGGGAAGAACACGCUUGGCAUUUCUCAAGCUGAAAGAACUAGAGAAAAGAUUCAAGCCUCGAGUUCCAAUAGUGAAGGAUUACAUGGGGGAAAUAUUAAAUGACGCAGGAAGCAUCAAAAGAAGAUGGAAAGAAUACACACAGUCACUAUACCAAAAGGAAUUGAUCGAAGUUCAACCAUUUCAGGAGGUAGCAUAUGGUCAGGAACUGAUGCCACCGCAGGAAGAAGUCUAAGCUGCACUGAAGGCAUUGGUGGAAAACAAGGCUCCAGGAGUUGACAGAAUAUCAAUUGAGAUGUUUCAACAAAUGGAUGCAGUGCUGAAAGUGCUCACUCGUCUAUGCCAAGAAACUUGGAAGACAGCUACCUGGCCAACUGAUGGAAAGAGAUCCAUAUUUAUGCCUAUUCCCAAGAAAGGUAAUCCAACCGAAGGUGGACAUUAUCAAACAGUAUCAUUAAUAUCAGAUGCAAGUAAAAUUUUGCUGAAGAUCAUUCAAAAGCAACUGCAGCAGUAUAUUGACAGUGAACUGCCAGAAAUUCAGGCCGGAUUCAGAAGAGGACGUGGAGCCAGGGAUAUCAUUACUGAUGUCAGCUGAAUCCUGGCUGAAAGAAGAGAAUACCAGAAAGAUGUUUACCUCUGUUUUAUUGACUAUGCAAAGGCAUUCAACUGUGUGGAUCAUAACAAAUUAUGGAUAACAUUACAAAGAACGGGAAUUCCAGAACACUUAAUUGUGCUCACGUGACACCUGUACAUAGACCAAGAGAUAGUCAUUCAGACAGAACAAGGGGAUACUGCGUGGUUUAAAGUCAGGAAAGGUGUGCGUCGGGGUUGUAUCCUUUGACCAUACUUUAUUCACUGUAUGCUGAGCAAAUAAUCCAAGAAGCUGCACUAUAUGAAGAGGAACAGGGCAUUAGGAUGGGAGGAAGACUCAUUAACAGCCUGCAAUAUGCAGAUGACACAGCUUUGCUUGCUGAAAGUGAAGAGGACUUAAAGCACUUACUGAUGAAGAUCAAAGACUACUGCCUUCAGUGUGGAUUGCACCUCAACAUAAAGAAAACAGUAAUCCUCACAACUGGACCAAUCAGCACCAUCAUGAUAAAUGGAGAAAAGUUGAAGUUGUCAAGGAUUUCAUUUUACUUGGAUCCACAAUCAAUGUCCGUGGAAACACCAGUCAGGAAAUCAGAACAGACCAUGACAGCUUCAACAAUCUCUCAAAAUAGAGAAUCAAGGGAUCUUCUGAAUGAAGGUGCCUUCUUGGAAUUACCAGAUGCAGAAUACAAAAGGUUAAUAUACAAAACCCUUCAAGACAUCAGGAAUGAGAUCAGGAAAGGAGAUCAGGCAAUAUGCAGAACAAGCCAAGGAACACACAGAUAAAGCAGUUGAAGAAAUUAUAAAAGUUAUUCAAGAACAUAACGAAAAAUUUAAGAGGCUGCAAGAAUCCAUAGACAGCAAUCAGAAAUUCAGAAGAUUAACAAAAAAAUUACAGAAUUAGACAACUCAGUAGAAAGAGGAGCAGAAUUGAGCACGUGGAAGGCAGAAUUGGUGAGAUUGAAGAUAAAGCACAUGGCACCAAUAUAUUUGAAGAAAAAUCAGAGAAAAGAAUUUUAAAAAAUGAAGCAACCCUAAGAAUCAUGUGGGAUUCUAUCCAGAGAAAUAACCUAUGUGUGAUUAGAAUACCAGAACGGGGAGGGAUAGCAGAAAAUACAGACAGAAUUGUUAAGGAUUUGUUGGCAGAAGCUUCCCUGACAUCGUGAAAGAUGAGAAGAUAUCCAGGAUGCUCAUCGAACUCCACAUAAGGUAGAUCUUAAAAGAAAGACAUCAAGACAUAUUAAUCAAAGUUGCCAAAACCAAAGAUAAAGAGACAAUUUUAACAGCAGCUAGGGAUGAACGAAAAGUCCACUACGAAGGAGAGUCAAUAAUUUCAUACUACUCGGCAGAAACCGUGCAGGCAAGAAGGCAAUGGGAUGACUUAUGUAAAGCAUUGAAGGAAAAAAAUUGCCAGCCAAGAAUCAUAUAUCCAGCAAAACUGUCUCUCAAAUUAGGACAUUUCCAGAUAAACUGAAGUUUAGAGAAUUCAUAAAAACCAAACCAAAUCUACAAGAAAUACUAAAGGGAGUUCUCUGACUAGAAAAUCAAUUAUAUCAGAUAUCAACCCAAGACUAGAACACAGGACAGAGCAAUCAGAUAUCAGCCCAGACAGGGAAAUCACAAAAAUACAUCAAGAUAAAAAAACACUCAAAACAGGGAAAUAGCGAUGUCAUUAUAUGAAAGAAGACAGCAUUAAAACAAUAAAGAGGGACUAAGAAAUAUAGGUCUUUCAUAUGGAGAGGAGGAUAAGGAGAUAUGAAAAAAUAAAAGUUAGGUUUAAACUUAGAAAAAUAGGGGUAAAUACUAAGGUAACCACAAAAGAGACUAACAAUCAUACUCAUCAAAAUAAAAUACAGGAAAAAAAUACUCAGUGGAAACAAAAUUAAUGACAACAAAUAAGAGGAAAAGACAAUAUAUAAAGAUAAACAUAUAAAAUUAAGUGGGAAAAAGAAUCUGUCAAUAACACACUAAAAAAAGAUAUCAAAAUGACAGCACUAAACUCAUACCUAUCCAUAAUUAUGCUGAAUGUAAAUGGACUAAAUGCACCAAUAAAGAAACAGAGUGGCAAAAUGGAUUUAAAAAAACAGGAUCCGUCUGUAUGCUUCCUACAGAGACACAGCUUAGACUUAGAGACACAAAUUAAAACUCAAAGGAUGGAAAAAAAAUAUAUCAAGCAAACAACAAUCAAAAAAGCAGGAGUGGCAAUAUUUCUGACAAAAUAGACUUUAAAGUUAAAUCCACCACAAACGACAAGGAAGGACACUAUAUAAUGAUUAAAGGGACAAUACACCAAGAAGGUAUAACCAUAUUAAAUAUUUAUGCAUCCGAUGACAGGGCUGCAAGAUACAUAAAACAAACUCUAUCAGCAUUGAAAAGUGAGAUAGACAGCUCCACAGUUAUAUUAGGAGACGUCAACACACCACUUCCGGUGAUGGACAGAAUAUCCAGACAGAAGCUCAAUAAAGAAACGGAAGAUCUAAAUGCCACAAUCAACCAACUUGACCUCAUGGACAUAUACAUAACACUCCACCCAACGGCAGCCAAGUAUACUUUCUUUUCUAGUACACAUGGAACAUUCUCUGAAAUAGACGACAUAUUAGGUCAUAAAGCAAGCCUUAGCAGAAUCCACAACACCGAAAUAUUACAAAGCAUCCUCUCUGACCAUGAGGCCAUAAAAGUAGAAAUCAGUAACAGAAAAAGCAGGGAAAAGAAAUCAAACAUUUCAAAACUGAGCAAUACCCUGCUCAAAAACGACUGGGUUAUAGAAGACAUUAAGGAUGGAAUAAAGAAAUUCAUAGAAUCCAAUGAGAAUGAAAACACUUCCUAUCAGAACCUUUGGGACACAACUAAAGCAGUGUUCAGAGGUCAAUUUAUAUCAAUAAAUGCAUACACACAAAAAGAAGAAAGGGCCAAAAUCAAAGAAUUAUCCCUACAAAUCGAACAAAUAGAGAGCAACAAAAGAAACCCUCAGGCACCAGAGAAAGCAAAUAAUAAAAAUUAGAACAGAAUUAAAUGAAAUAGAAAACAGAAAAUUGAAAGAGUUAGCAAGACCAAAAGCUGGUUCUUUGAAAAAAUUAACAAAAUUGAUAAACCACUGGCCAAACUGACAAAAGAAAAACAGGAGAGGAAGCAAAUAACCCGAAUAAGGAAUGAGAUGAGCGAUGUUACAACAGACCCAACUGAAAUUAAAAGAAUCAUAUCAGAUUACUACAAAAAAUUGUAUUCUAACAAAUUUGAAAACAUAGAAGAAAUGGAUGAAUUUCUAGAAACACACUACCUACCUAAACUGAUACAAACAGAGGUAGAAUAACUAAAUAAAAGUGUAACAAAAGAAGAGAUUGGAAAGGUAAUCAAAAAACUCCCAAGAACAACAACAACAAAAAAAAAGCCCUGGCUCCAGUGGCUUCACUGCAGAGUUCUACCAAACUUUCAGAGAAGAAUUAGUACCACUACUACUAAAAGUAUUUCAGAGCAUAGAAAAGGAUGGAAUACUACCAAACUCAUUCUAUGAAGCCAACAUAUCCCUGAUACCAAAACCAAGCAAAGAGACCACAAAAAAAAGAAAAUUACAGACCUAUGUCCCUCAUGAACUUGCAUACAAAUAUCCUCAACAAAAUUCUAGCCAAUAAAAUUCAACAACAUAUCAAAAAAAUAAUUCACUAUGACCAAGUGGGAUUCAUACCAGGUAUGCAGGGAUGGUUCAACAUUAGAAAAACAAUGUAAUCCAUCAUAUAAAUAAAAGACAGAAACCACAUGAUCUUAUCAAUUGAUGCAGAAGACGCAUUUGACAAAGUUCAACACCCAUUCAUGAUAAAAACUCAGCAAAAUGGAAAUAGAAGGAAAAUUCCUCAACAUAAUAAAGGGCAUUUAUACAAAGCCAACAGCUAACGUCAUCCUAAAUGGAGAGAGUCUGAAAGCAUUCCCCCUCGAGAUUGGGAACCAGACAAGGAUGCCCUUUAACACCACUCUUAUUCAACAUUUUGCUGGAGGUCCUAGCCAGAGCAAUUAGGCUAGAUAAAGAGAUAAAGGGCAUCCAGAUUGGUAAGGAAGAAGUAAAAGUAUCUCUAUUUGCAGAUGACACGAUCUUAUACAUAGAAAACCCUAAAGAAUCCUCCAGAAAACUACUGAAACUAAUAGAAGAGUUUAGCAGACUGUCAGGAUACAAGAUAGACAUACAAAAAUCAGUUGAAUUCCUCUACACCAACAAAAGAAUAUCAAAGAAGAAAUCACCAAAUCAAUACCAUUUACAGUAGCCCCGAAGAAGAUAAAAUACUGAGGAAUAAAUCUUACCAGAGACGUAAAAGACCUAUACAAAGAAAACUACAAGACACUACUGCAAGAAACCAAAAGAGACCUACAUAAGUAGAAAAACAUACCUUGCUCAUGGAUAGGAAGACAACAUUGUAAAAUUGUCUAUUCUGCCAAAAGCCAUCUAUAGAUACAAUGCAAUUCCGAUCCAAAUGCCAAUGACAUUUUUUAAUGAGAUGGAGAAACAAAUCACCAACUUCAUAUGGAAGGGAAAUAUGCCCUGGAUAAGUAAAGCAUUACUGAAAAAGAACAUAGUGGGAGGCCUCACUCUACCUGAUUUUAGAACCUGUUAUACCACCACAGUAGCCAGAACAGCCUGGUACCGGUACAACAACAGGUACAUAGACCAAUGGAACAGAAUUGAGAAUCCAGAUAUUAAUCCAUCCACAUAUGAGCAGCUGAUAUUUGACAAAGGCCCAAAGUCAGGUAAAUGGGGAAAAGACAGUCUAUUUAACAAAUGGUGCUGGCAUAACUGGAUAUCCACCUGCAAAAAAAUGAAACAAGACCCAUACCUCACACCAUGCACAAAAACAAACUCAAAAUGGGUCAAAGACCUAUAAAAUCUAAAAUAAUAAGGAUCAUGGAAGAAAAAAUAGGGACAAUCCUAGGACCCCUAAUACAUGGCAUAAACAGUAUACAAAACAUUACUGACAAUGCAGAAGAGAAACUAGAUAUCUGGGAGCUCCUGAAAAUCAAACACGUACACUCAUCCAAAGGCUUCACCAAAAGAAUAAAAAAAUUACUUACAAUCUGGGAAAAAGCGUUGAGCUAGGACAUUUCUGAUCAGCAUCUGAUAUCUAAAAUCUACAUGGUACUUCAAAAACUCAACAACAAAAAGGCAAAUAACCCAAUUAAAAAAUGGACAAAGGAUAUCAACAGGCACUUCACUAAAGAAGACAUUCAGGUAGCUAACAGAUACAUGAGGAAAUGCUCACGAUCAUUAGCUGUUAGAGAAAUGCAAAUCAAAACUACAAUGAGAUUCCAUCUCACUCCAACAAGGCUGGCAUUAGCCCAAAAAAUACAAAAUUAUAAAUAUUGGAGAGGUUGUAGAGAGACUGGAACACUUGUACACUGCUGGUUGGAAUGUAAAAUGGUAUAACCACUUUGGAAAUGGAUUUGGCGCUUCCUUAACUACCAUACGAUCCUGCAGUCCCACUCCCUGGAAUGUAUCCUAGAGAAAUAAGAGCCUUUACAUGAACAGAUAUAUGCACACCCAUGUUCACUGCAGCACUGUUUACAAUAGCAAAAAGAUGGAAGCAACCAAGGUGCCCAUUGAUGGAUGAAUGGAUAAAUAAAUUAUGGUAUAUGCACAAUGGAUAAAUCGAUAAAGAACAACGAUUAAUCCAUGAAACAUUUCAUAACAUGGAGGGAUGUGAAGACAUUAUGCUGAGUGAAAUUAGUCAGUUGCAAAAGGACAAAUAUUGAAUGAGACCACUAUUGUAAGAACUGAAAAAAUAGUUUAAACAGAGCGGAAAAUAUUCUUUGAUCGUUACGAGAGUGGGGAGGGAGGGAAGGAGAGGGGUUUUCACUAAUUAGAUAGUAGUUAAGAACUAUUUUAGGUGAAGGGAAAGACAACACACAAUACAGGGGAGGUCAGCACAACUGGACUAAACCAAAAGCAAAGAAGUUUCCUGAAUAAACUGAAUGCUUCGAAGGCCAGCGUAGCAGGGGCAGGGGUUUGGGGACCAUGGUUUCAGAGGACAUCUAAGUCAAUUGGCAUAAUAAAAUCUAUUAAGAAAACAUUCUGCAUCCCACUUUGAAGAGUGGUGUCUGGGGUCUUAAACGCUAGCAAGCAGCCAUCUAAGAUACAUCAAUUGGUCUCAACCCACCUGGAGCAAAGGAGAAUGAAGAACCCCAAAGACAAAAGGUAAGUACGAGCCCAAGAGGCAGAAAGGGCCACAUAAACUAGAGACUACAUCAGCCUGAGACCAGAAGAACUAGAUGGUGCCCAGCUACAAGCAAUGACUGCCCUGACAGGGAACACAACAGAGAACCCCUGAGGACACAGGAGAGCAGUGGGAUGCAGACCUCAACUCUCUUAAAAAGACCAGACUUAAUGGUCUGACUGAGACUAGAAGGACCCCAGAGGUCAUAGUCCCCAGACCUUCUGUUAGCCCAAGGCAGGAACCAUUCCCAAAGCCAACUCCUCAGACAAGGAUUGCACUGGACUAUGGGAUAGAAAAUGAUACUGGUGAGGAGUGAACUUCUUGGAUCAAGCAGACACAUGAGACUGACUAUGCAGGCAGCUCCUCCUUUCUGGAGGGUAGAUGAGAGGGCAGCGGGGUUCAGAAACUGGCCAAAGGGACACGAAAAUAGAUAGUAGAGGGAAGGAGUGUGCUGUCUUAUUAGGGGGAGAGCAACUAGGAGCAUAUAGCAAGGUGUAUAUAAAUUUUUAUGUGAGAGACUGACUUGAUUUGUAAUAUUUCACUUAAAGCACAAUAAAAAUUAAAAAAAAAAUCGAAAGACACAUUGGGGCAAAUCUGCUGUGAAAGGCUUUAAAGUGUUGAAAAGCAAAGAUGUCACCUUGAAGUCUAAGGUGUGCCUGGUCCAAGCCGUGGUAUUUUCAAUCACAUCUUAUGCAUGCAAAAGCUGGAAGAUGGAAGAAGAAUUGAUGUCUCCGAAUUGCGGUGUUGGUGAAGAAUAUUAACUAUACCGUGGACUGCCAAAAGUGCAAACAGAUCCGCCUUGGACGAAGUACAGUCGGAAUGCUCCUUAGAAGCAAGGAUGGCAAGACUACAUUUUACAUACUUUUGACAUGCUAUCAGGAGGGAUCAGUCCCGGGAGAAGGACAUCAUGCUUGGUAAAGUACACGGUCAGCAAAAAAGAGGAACACCCUCAAUGAGAUGGAUUGACACAGUGGCUGCAACAAUGGACACAAGCAUAGCAAUGAUUGUGAGCAUGGCAUAGGACUGGACAGUGUUUGGUUCUAUAGUACAUAGGGUUGCAAUGAGUCGAAACCAACUCAACAGCACCUAACAAUAAAAAAAGACUAAAACUCUUCAGGCAGUUUUGUACUUGGAAGCUGAUAGGAAAAGUGAUUAUAUCAAACAAUAAAUUAAAAAACUUUAGAAGUUUCAUCAAAAUUAAAAAUUUUUGUGCAUCAAAGGACUUAAAAACAAAGUAAGGAAACAACCUACAGAAUGGGAGAAAAUACUUAGGAUUCAUAUGUCUGAUAAUGUUUGAUAACCAGAAUAUAUAAAGAACUCCUACAGCUCAACAAGAAAAUGACAACCCAAUCAAAAAAUGGGCA